UCGUCGGCUCGUCUACUGGCGCUUGAACGUCCUUUAAAUUCAUCCGUCACUCGUCUCCGAUAAAUAUUAUUGAAAUAUUGAUAUUAAAAAAAAACAAUUUUUUUUCGAAUACACAAACAUUAGCAAUAACGACGGAAUUAGUCAAGUCUGAGUUAUUGGUCAGCUCGCUCCAUGUCGCACCCGACUUCCGCUCUGAGCGACCAUUUCCACAGCGGACUAGCGGGCUAGCUUCAGCUAACGUCCGCUAGCAGCGCUGUUGGCUUCGUCCAUCCGGACCGCCGGUAUUUAAAGUCGCUCUAAAUUUUUAAUCAACACCGUCAUCGUUUAGUGAAUAUUAAACUACGGCUUUACACGCCACCACUGUGCCGCUAUAUUAGCCGAGGCUUCAAUUCCAACAGAUUUCUGAGUGGGGCGAGUUCUCUCUGGCGAGCUAUAGUUAGCAUUAGCCGAGGGCUAGCUAGCGCUGGUUCAUGUAACAGGGGAGGGGACUUCGUCAGAUCCCACUAAAACCAGUGUAACCAGCACACUGGACGUCUCUAAUUGAUGCUAAUUACUCGUCGGCGAGUACACGGAGCCUGUAGGGAGGUCAGUUGCUAUCGCAAGCUGCUUAUUAUUGCAUCAUUUCUUAGCAUUUCUCUGCGCUACCUCAGCCCCUCACCUCUCCUCUCUGGAGCUUUCCUGAAGCUGGCGGGCCGCCGUCUCCUCCUGACGGGGCUCCGACACUCCCUCUCUCCUGCGCCCUUUAUCCCCUCAGCAGGCGCUCCUGGUCAACGGGCAUCGGCGAAAGACUUCGGUCAGCCGAGGGCGAAAGUUGCCCAAACCAAUGUAGAGGUGUACACGGAGGUGCUGAAGCCAAGAGUCCCCCAGAGUCGGUGCACCUCCUUUCAGCUCCGCGGCCAGAAGGCUGCAGAGGAAGGCGAACCUCCCCGACACCGAGUCCCGGAGCUCGCCAUGCCCGGAUCCACGGCCAGCAGCAAGGCCCGGGUGUACACGGAUGUCAACACUCAGAAGAGCAGAGAAUACUGGGACUAUGAUGCACAUGUACCCAGCUGGAGCAAUCAAGACAACUAUCAGCUGGUGCGUAAAUUGGGCAGAGGAAAGUACAGCGAGGUGUUUGAAGCUAUCAAUGUGAGCAACAAUGAGAAAGUGGUGGUGAAAAUCCUCAAGCCCGUCAAGAAGAAGAAGAUUAAACGAGAAAUUAAAAUCCUGGAGAACCUGCGCGGGGGAACCAACAUCAUACGUCUGGUUGAUACUGUCAAAGACCCUGUGUCCCGAACACCAGCGCUUGUCUUUGAGUGCAUCAAUAACACAGAUUUUAAGGAGCUGUACCAGAAGCUGACAGACUUUGAUAUUCGUUACUACAUGUAUGAGCUCCUCAAGGCUCUGGAUUACUGCCACAGUAUGGGGAUCAUGCACAGGGAUGUGAAGCCCCACAAUGUGAUGAUUGACCACCAGCUGAGAAAGUUGCGUCUCAUAGACUGGGGGCUGGCAGAGUUCUACCAUCCCGCUCAGGAAUACAACGUCAGGGUGGCCUCACGCUAUUUUAAAGGCCCUGAGCUGCUAGUAGACUAUCAGAUGUACGACUAUAGUUUGGACAUGUGGAGUCUUGGCUGUAUGCUGGCAAGCAUGAUCUUUCUCAAGGAACCUUUCUUCCAUGGGCAGGACAACUACGACCAGCUGGUUCGCAUUGCUAAGGUUCUUGGGACUGAUGAGCUCUUCGGCUACUUGCACAAGUAUCACAUAGAACUGGACACUCGCUUUAAAGACCUGCUGGGCCAGCAGACCAGGAAGCGCUGGGAACAGUUUGUCCAGACGGAGAACCAGCACCUGGUCAGUCCGGAGGCCCUCGACCUGCUGGACAAACUGCUGCGGUACGACCACCAGCAGAGGCUGACCGCUGCCGAGGCCAUGCAGCACCCCUACUUCUAUCCUGUGCUGAAGGAACAAAACAACACCAAUUCAGAUGGAACAAAGGCAAUAAGCAGCGCUAAUGCUACAUGAUGAGCAGGGAGGAGGAAGAAAACUUUGUUACCUCAACUUGUGACCUUGUCGUGGCAGAAACCUCCACCUCCAAACCAACAGCCAUACUGGAGGAAGAUGUCAUUUUUCCAGCAAAGAAAACCCCCACAUGGAUUUACCCUCUCCAAAGCCCAAGGAGGGGAAGAAACGGUGCCACUUUGGUCCAAGUCUACAAUGCAACAGAUCUGAGCUUUGAGGUGCCCCCUGCCCCCCUUUCCAAGACCCCCCCUCCCUCCCUCCCCCACAUAACCCUGGUUUUAAAGUGAGCAGAGUGACUGGUGUUGGAUCAGUACCAAGCUGGUGUCUUGCUGUAGGAUGAUUUGCAGCAUUGUGACGCUGUUCUGACCUGAGAUCCAUUUCCAGGUUAUCGCACUGAAUGGCAUGGAGGCUCCUUUCUGCUAUAGAUAGAACUAAUGCUAUAUUGAAAGAGAAUAAACCAUUUUUAUUUAAA